AGUUUGUUAGGUUUUUGACCGUUGCUUUACUUCCUUGUCUCUCUGUUUUUUGGUUACACUCACAGCUCUCUCUUCUCAGCCAUUUUUAUUCUCUGCCUCCUCCAUUACCAUCACCACCGCCACUCAACGAUUAAGCAGCAAAAUACAUAUGAAUUUAGACUUGGUGACAUAUUUUAAAGGGUAUUGUUGUUUUGAUUCAAUAAACUGAAAAAAGUAUGGGAUGUUCUAUGUCAAAGCUUGACGAUGAAGAGGCAGUGCAGCUUUGUAAGGAUCGGAAACGUUUCAUUAAGCAAGCUGUUGAACAUAGAGCGCGUUUUGCUACCGGACAUUUAGCUUAUAUUCAGUCUAUGAAGAGAGUUUCGGCCGCUCUUCGCGAUUAUAUUGAAGGGGAUGAGCCUAGAGAAUUCUUGUUAGAUUCGUUCAUAACACCGCCUUUUACGCCGGUUAAGAAAACUAGUUCGGGAUUUAUCUCGAUUUCUCCGAAAUCAUUCUCUCAACCGGCUAUUCAUUUGGGGCCCAAUUCGACUUUGAAGGUGAAUUACCUUAGGUCUGGUGGAAACCAGGCUGUUUCUGUCGAGGAAAGACCUCAAUCUCCGGAAACAAUCCGGUUGCAAGCUUAUUCUCCAGUGCGUAAUUAUGGCUUUGAUGGAUAUUAUGGAAUGCAAUCAUCACCAAUGUAUUCAUCGUUCUUCUCUUACUCGCCAAACAACCGGCCUAAUUUGCCUCCACCUUCGCCUCAAACUACGCAAUGGGAUGGAUUUUGGAACCCGUUUUCUUCGUUAGACUCGUAUAACUAUUUUACUCGUAGUAGUCUUGAUCAUAUGUUUAUGGAUGAUGACAUUAGAGGACUGAGGCAGGUUCGAGAGGAAGAAGGGAUUCCCGACUUAGAAGACGAAACUGAACAUGAAGAAAUGGACAGUGAGGUAAAUGCAACAGAAGGGCAACAUAAGGUUAAUGGUAGUAGUCAUGCUGCUAGAGAAGAAGUGCUUGUAGAAGAUGUUGAUGAGGAUGAUGAAACAGAUUGUGAAAGUGAAUGCGAAUGUGAAUGUGAAAACAUGGGACUACAAUCGAAGGUAGAACUAUCACGGGUACAAAAUACAAGGCAAGUUGAAGUUGGCAAUCAAGAAAUGUCAAUCGAUAAAGGAGGAGAAGAAGGUAAAGCAGAAACACCGGCUUUUACUGUCUACGUAAACCGAAGGCCAACGAGCAUGUCUGAAGUUAUCAAGGAUCUUGAAGAACAAUUCACAAUAGCUUGUAAUUCAGCCAAGGAGGUUUCAUCCUUGUUAGAGUCUAGCAAAGCUCUGUACUCAUCAGCGUCAAACGAGCUCACAGCUAUGAAAAUGCUGAACCCAGUAGCUUUGUUCCGCUCAGCUUCAUCUCGCUCAUCUUCGUCAAGAUUCUUGAUAAACUCCUCAAAUUCUAGAGAUGAAGGCUAUGAAAGCAGCAGUGACUUCUCUGAGGAAUCCUGCGUUCCCUCUGGCAGUCACCAAUCGACGCUGGACAGAUUAUAUGCCUGGGAGAAGAAACUUUACGAAGAAGUCAAGUCGGGAGAAAGAGUUCGAAUUGCAUACGAGAAGAAACGUAUGCAACUGAGGAACCAAGAUAUAAAGGGUGAGGAUCCUUUCGUGGUGGACAAAACGAGACUAGCCAUUAGAGACCUAUACACACAGUUGCAAGUUUCUAUACACUCAGCUGAAGCUGUUUCAAAGAGAAUAGAAGCAUUAAGAGAUGAAGAAUUGCAGCCUCAACUUUUGGAAUUGAUAAAAGGGUUAUCAAGAAUGUGGAAAGUAAUGGCUGAAUGCCAUCAGUCACAAAGACAGACAUUAGAUGCAGCCAAGCUUCUACUAGCGGGGUUAUCUUCAAAAUUGGACGCGAAGAGGCGCUCUUCAAUGUCAAUUGCCAAUCCUCAACGACUAGCCAGGUCAGCUUCCAAUCUUGAGACUGAAUUGAGGAACUGGAGAGCCUGCUUCGAGGCAUGGAUCACUUCUCAACGAUCCUAUGCACACGCACUAACUGGCUGGCUCCUUAGGUGUUUUAGGUCAGAUACUGACACAUCAAAACUGCCAUUCUCUCCUCGUCGGUCUAACGGGACUUUUCCAAUGUACGGACUUUGUAUUCAAUGGUCAAGAUUUCUCGAUGUGAUCCAGGAGUUGCCAGUGCUUGAUGGACUAGACUUUUUCUCUGCCGGGAUGGGAUCUCUCUAUGCACAGCAGCUAAGAGAUGAUCCUACUAAAGCCAGCUCAAGGCGACAUGGCGCUGGUUUGUUAAAUGAAUCCGGCUCAAAUAUGGAACUGGUCCAAGUAGGUGAUGUAGAAGAUGUAAUGACUGCAGAAAAAAUGGCUGAAGUUGCCAUCAGAGUACUAUGCGCUGGAAUGUCGGUUGCUGCAAGUUCACUAACCGAGUUUUCGAUUAGCUCUGCUGAGGGAUACGCAGAACUCGUUAAGCAAUGGGAGAAUGUCAGAUUGCCGCAUAGUUCUGGCGCGAUAAAUAGGUAGCUUAUGAUACUCAAUGGAAGAUAGUUUUGAUAUGGAUGACAAUGUAAUUAUCUGUCAUAGUACAUUGGACAAAGGAAUUAUACAGCACUGCUUCUAGG